UGUUCCAUUCAGAGUCUCUCCCCAGAAAAAAAGAAAGGGAAAAAGGCAUUCUGGGGGUUUCUCUUGCGCGACGAAAUCAAUUCCUUAUCGUCCAGCGCAAUCCAAUUCCUGCCACUUUCCCGAGAAAAUCUCCGAACGCUUCCAUAUAUACCGCCUCUCGCCGCCUUCUUUUACCGGCGGAUCGCUUAUCAAACAGCUUCGUCCGUCUGUAUAUAUAUGCCACUACGUAUCCGGAGGCCAACUGCAUUCUGUGGCCGAGUUUCAUUUGCCGUACGCGAGCGGGGCUGCAGUUAUUGAGUGGGGCCGUUGCGUUUUGGAAGGGUUCAGCAUUCAACAAUCAUCGGCAGUGAAGCUAUCUAGGGUUUUGUGUGUCGAAUUCAAGGAGUAGUAUUAAAGAUGGAGGGUGCGGAUCGAGAUGGUGAUGAUCGGACCUUUAGGGUUAACUUUAUGGGCGAUGGGGCUGCGAUGCUGCGGGAGAGAGUGAAUGAGAAACUGAAGGAGUUCAUGGGGGAUUACACUGAUGACACUCUCGUGGAGUAUGUGAUUGUAUUGAUAAAAAAUGGCAGGAGCAAAGAAGAAGCAAGGAAAGAGUUGAAUGUCUUUCUGGGCAGUGAUAGUGAUUCUUUUGUAUCUUGGUUGUGGGAUCACUUGGGAUCAAAUCUUCAUCUUUAUGUACAACCUCAGGAGUCACAUCUAGAUGAAGCUGCUAAAGUAAAACCCACAACUGGGAACGAAACUGGUUCUCACCGCUUGGAUUCUGAUGCUGAAAGAGGAAAGUCUAAUAAGUCAUCCAGAAGCCGGCACAAUAAGGAGUGGAGAGGUCUAGUAAGGGAUGCCAAUGAACCACCCCCUUUCCAAAGCUCUGUGAUCGACAAUGUUCAUACAGAUGAGAGGAUUCAUCAUAAAGUCAGUCAUGCUAAACGAUCUCCUUCUCCACAAGCUGUAGCUCAGAAGAAGAGAAGAUGGCCUGAUGAACGGCAACAGGCUAAGAGGGGAUUAACUUCCCAAGUAGCCAUUGAUGCUCCUCGAAGGCUGCUGCAGUUUGCUGUUCGUGAUGCUGUGACCACCAAAAGACCAUCCACUUCAACAUCAGAACCUGCACUAAAGCGUCUACGUUCUGUAGUUUCUACAUCAGGUGGAGACUCAAUAGUUGAAGGUCAUCGUCGUAGAAUUCGGUCAGUUGCAACAGUUCCUAAUGCCAUGGCUACUGCUAUUAAAGCUGUUGAAGAAGCUGCCAAGGAUGUUGUUAAAAACAGGACAUCACAUAAUGUGUUUGACAGGCUUGGUCGUGGUACAGAUUUUUCUCAGGGCAAUGACCAACAAGAAGAAUUUGGUGAAGCAGCAUUUGAAGGUAUGGAAUAUGGAGAUUGUAACCAAUCUUGGAAGGAGACCCACUCACCUUAUCUGCAGAGAAGUGGCCAUGGCGAUGCGACGAUUUUGGAACCUGAUGCCAGAAUGGCUUCUGAUUCAGCAUCUGAUAAUGAAGGAUAUGAUGGCAUUUCCGCUGGAAAUGAGCAGGACGACUCACUAACGGUGCAGUAUAACAUGGCUGAAAACAGCAGCAAAAUGUCGCAAAAGCCACGGAAAGAUCAGGAUCAGCCUGCUUUGGUAGCUAGCAAUUCUCAGAAGAUUGUGAAUAUAUCUGUAAAUGUAAAUACAUGGAAACCAUCUCACUAUCAGGAGCCAAGAGAGAUGCGAGAAGUGGAUGUUCAAAAAUCCAUUCAGGAGAGUGAGUCAGGUCAUGGCAAAUCUGGGAUGUGGUUGACAAAAGAGAAUAGCAACCUGGUUACAGCUAGUAAUGGAAAUGCAAAAUCUGUCGCAGAUGCUGAGAAAGACUCCCAGAAAACGCUGUCUACUACUCAUGGCUUGUAUUCUACUGGCCGUCCUAUAGAAGAUGCUGAUUCUCGGACUGUUUUUGUUAACAAUGUUCAUUUUGCUGCCACCAAGGAUAGUCUUUCUCGGCAUUUUAACAAGUUUGGUGAAGUGCUCAAAGUAAUAAUUGUGACUGAUGCAGCAACUGGGCAUCCAAAAGGGUCAGCAUAUGUAGAGUUCAUGAGGAAAGAAGCAGCUGAGAAUGCACUAUCGCUUGAUGGUACCUCGUUUAUGUCACGCAUUCUAAAGGUUGUGAAGAAAAGCUCUGCCCAUCAAGAACCCACAUCCAUCCAAACAUGGCCGCGUGUGUUGCGUGGAUCACCAUUUGUGCCCCCAAGAUUUGCCGGAGUCUCUUUUCCAAGAGGCGUGCACGGUCUAUACAGAGCUCGGCUCCCAAUCAGAGCUGGUGCUAGGAGCUUUCAGUGGAAGCGGGAUGCCCAGGGCACUGCAAAUGAGAGUGGUGGUGCUGGCGGCGCAGCCUCCAGUAGCAAUAUUGCCUCUCCUGGUGCUCGAAGUCUCACCUAUGUCCGACCAGAGCCUAGACCCCAUGGGAGUUCUGCUGCUACCUAAUUCUCUACGAAAUUGCCUGUCUUGUCAGCUUGUCCCAACUGAACUGGGCACAAAUUUUGGGUUACUUGCAGAUGAGGUUAAUUGGAAGAAAUCAUAGUAGUUGGGAAUCUAUGAUUGUUCUUUGCGAUUCCAUGGUUGGGGGUUGGUUGGUUCUCUAGAUUUUGAAGGGUUCCCUAUUGUCACUGUUCUAAAAAUAACAGAAGGGGGGGUUGGGGGUGGGGUUGCCCAAAAGGUGAAAGUAAUAGGGGAAGUUAAGUUGUUGCCCUAAAAAAGUAAAGUUGGUCCAGUAACUCUUGUUUUUUUCCUCUUUUCUUUUGUUGAAAGCUGUGAGUAGGGGAUGGAUGGUAUAAUUUAUUUAUUUUCUGCUGUAUGUCUUUUUUUUUUUUUUUUUUAAUUUUUGAACUGGGAAAAAUUGAGUUAGACAAAAAAAAAAAGAAAAAGAAAAAAGGAGAGAUUUUUUAUAUAUAUGCACAACAACAUUUCUAGUCUUA